GUCUCUUGUUUUUCUCUCUUUCCUUGUACCAUCUUCAACCAUUUUCUUCAUCUCUUCCUCUUCUUUUUUUCCAUCAUAGAAAUAAAGGGGGUCUUUAUUAAGCUGAAAAUAAAGAAGUUGAGAACCCAUAUAGAUUAUUCAAAAGAAGAUUCAGUAGAGAAGGAAAAAAAGUUUUCACCUGCUUGACCGGAUUUGCUGAAUCUACCCUAUUGAAUUUACUCAGAACUAUCCUGAUCAUACACCAUGAUUAACCUCAAGCUUGGGGUUGAAGUUGUUGGUGCCCACAAUCUUUUGUCUAAAGAUGGCCAAGGCUCAUCUAGUCCCUUUGUAGAGCUUCACUUUGAUGGCCAAAAAUUCCGCACCACAAUCAAAGAAAAAGAUCUGGACCCUGCUUGGAAUGAGACUUUCUAUUUCAAUGUUUCUGAUCCUAAUGAAUUGUCCAGCCUCACACUUGAAGCUCUUGUUUUCAACAAUAACAAAUCAAGCCAAUCUAAAUCAUCUCUUGGGAAGGUCAAGAUCAAUGGAUCAUCCUUUGUUCCAUACUCUGAUGCUGUUGUUUUGCAUUACCCUUUGGAAAAGGCAGGUGUUUUCUCGCGUGCUAGGGGAGAGCUUGGCCUGAAAGUCUUUAUAACUGAUGAUCCAUCUAUUAGGAUAUCAAACUCAUUUCCUACAACGGAUUCUUCAUCACAUAUCAGUUCCUUUUCAAGCCUAAGUGAUGAACCUACACAACGAGUCCCGAAUUUCAUCUCUGAACCAGUCGCUAAUGGUAAAAAAGGGACUAGACGCACAUUCCACCACCUGCCAAACACGAAGCACCAGCAACAAGAGCCUUAUUCUUCCUUUGCAGAAUCUAGUCAACCCAUAAGAUUUGGGGCUGAUCAGAUGAAAUCUACCUCUCAGGGGCCGAAAGUAGUGCGGAUGUAUUCAGGUUCAUCUUCACAGCCAGCUGAAUAUUCAUUGAAAGAGACAAGCCCUGUCCUUGGAGGAGGGCGUAUAGUGGGGGGGCGAGUUGUUCGAGGUGGCAGAAUAUCCAGCACAUAUGACCUUGUUGAGCCUAUGCAAUUCCUGUUUGUAAGAGUCGUGAAAGCACAAGAUUUGCCUUCUAAAGAUAUCACAGGAAGUCUUGACCCUUAUGUUGAAGUAAGAGUUGGGAACUACAAAGGAGUCACACAACACUUCGAGAAAAAUCAAAGCCCAGAAUGGAAUACAGUAUUUGCUUUUGCUAAAGAAAGAAUGCAGUCUUCUGUUUUGGAUGUUGUGGUUAAGGAUAAGGAUAUGUUGAAAGAUGACUUUGUUGGGAUUGUUCGAGUUGAUCUGCAUGAAGUUCCAACCCGAGUUGCUCCAGAUAGUCCAUUGGCUCCAGAGUGGUAUCGCCUGGAAAACAAGAAAGGGGAGAAAAAGAAGGGAGAACUGAUGCUUGCAAUUUGGAUUGGUACACAAGCUGACGAAGCAUUCCCUGAUGCCUUCCAUACAGAUGUAGCUAGUCCAAUAGAUAUGUCAGUGCCGUCUACCCAAAUCCGCGGAAAAGUGUACCAUUCUCCUAGGCUGUGGUAUGUUCGUGUCAAUGUUAUUGAAGCACAAGACUUAGUUGUGUCAGAGAAAAAUCGUUUUCCUGAUGUCUAUGUGAAGGCUCGGAUUGGUAACCAGUUGCUGAGGACUAGGCCAAUUAAAUCUCAAACUAUGAAUGCUCUGUGGAAUGAGGAUCUGAUGUUCGUUGCUGCUGAACCAUUUGAAGAACAUCUGAUACUUUCAGUUGAGGAUCGUGUUGCUUCCAACAAAGAUGAGGCCCUGGGAGUGGUCAUUAUACCAUUAAACACUGUUGAAAGGCGUGCAGAUAAUCGAUUUGUUCGAUCAAGAUGGUACAACCUCCAAGAACCGGGUUCAGCUGAGAUUGAAGAGCCAAAGAAGAAAGAAAAGUUUUCCAGUAGGAUCCAUCUUCGUGUAUCACUGGAUGGAGGAUACCAUGUACUUGAUGAGUCUACUCAUUAUAGUAGUGAUCUUCGACCUACGGCAAAGCAGCUGUGGAAGUCAUCAAUUGGUAUCUUGGAAUUAGGUAUCCUGAAUGUUGAUGGAUUACACCCAUCAAAAACAAGAGAUGGAAGGGGUACAACAGAUACAUAUUGUGUGGCAAAGUAUGGUCAUAAGUGGGUGCGGACCAGGACGGUUAUUGACAGCUUAAAUCCGAAGUUUAAUGAGCAAUACACUUGGGAAGUCUAUGACCCAGCGACUGUUCUGACAGUUGGGGUGUUUGACAAUGGACAGCUUGAAGAAAAAGGUUCAAAUGGCAAAAGAGACACGAAAGUUGGGAAGGUUCGUAUUCGGGUCUCAACACUUGAAACUGGUCGAGUAUACACACAUUCUUAUCCAUUGCUCAUCCUUCACCCCUCGGGUGUGAAGAAGAUGGGAGAAUUGCAUCUCGCCAUACGAUUUUCAUGUGCAUCAAUGAUCAACAUGAUGUUUCUAUACUCUAGACCGCUUUUACCAAAAAUGCAUUAUGUGGAGCCAUUGUCUGUAACGCUGCAAGAUAAGCUGCGGCAUCAAGCUGUAAAUAUUGUGGCUGCACGGCUAAGCCGUGCAGAACCUCCUCUCAGAAAAGAAGUGGUUGAAUACAUGAGUGAUGCAGAUUCACACCUCUGGAGCAUGAGGCGCAGCAAAGCGAACUUUUUCAGGCUGAUGUCCGUCUUUAGUGGAUUAUUCUCUGUUGGGAAAUGGUUUGGAGAUGUAUGCUUGUGGAAGAAUCCUAUCACGACAUCAUUAGUACAUGUUCUCUUCCUUAUGCUUGUCUGUUUCCCAGAAUUAAUCCUCCCAACGGUGUUUCUGUACAUGUGCCUAAUAGGGCUUUGGAACUAUCAGUACCGACCGAGGUACCCUCCUCAUAUGAACACAAGAAUAUCACAUGCUGAUUCAACACAUCCUGAUGAGCUUGAUGAGGAAUUCGACACCUUCCCUACAUCACGGAGUUCAGAACUUGUUAGGAUGAGGUAUGAUCGUCUUAGAAGUCUAGCUGGUCGAAUUCAGACAGUAGUAGGAGAUGUGGCGACACAAGGUGAGCGAAUCCAGGCACUGCUUAGUUGGCGAGACCCGCGUGCCACUGUAUUAUUCAUUAUAUUCUGCCUGCUUGCUGCCAUUGUGUUGUAUGCUACACCUUUUCAAGUGAUUGCUGGCCUGUCUGGCGUUUACGCAAUGAGGCAUCCCAGGUUCCGCCACAAAUUGCCAUCAGCACCCCUGAAUUUCUUUCGCCGGCUUCCAGCUAAGACUGAUAGUAUGCUAUAGGUUGCUGGUGUUAUGUUGAAAGUUUUCUGUGAUAUUUUCUGAAAUCUUUCAAUCAUUGUCCUCAAGGAAAUUUUUGUCAUAUUGCCAAGGAGUUGAACAAAGCUCGGGGACCUGAUAACAUGACCGGGAAACCAAAGAAAUGUUCAAAAGUUUGAUUUGUUUCUGUAUGUUGUGCAGCAAGUUAUUUGCAUUCUUAGCACAUUUUGCACCUUUGCCAUGGUUCAUGGAAUGUAAAAUGAAUUAGGCAAAGAUACUGAGAACUACAUGUGUUUGUAUAUCGGUUGUGUACUGUUUAUUUUCUACAAAGUUCAUACAAUCCAGUCGAUGUAUAUAAUGUCGUUUCCGUACUUGGAUUUUGUUAAAAUCUGAUGUCAAAUUUGUGUUUGAUUAUACAACAUUCUUAUCA